AUGCCCCUCGUGUGCCGUGCGAUUCCGAAGAUAUCGCAGAGGGACCCAAGAGACACACUGGAUUAUGUCGCAGAGGUACCCGAAGAGGAGGCAACAGCUCCUACCAACUUCCGUCUUUGGCUCUGGUUCUGUGAGGAGCCCGAGUGA